AUGGCUGACGACAACUCCCCCGCCUCUGCCUCGUCACCAACCGUGGCCACAACCGAGGUCAGACCGUCGCCUGCUCCCUCGGAUGUAGCCACGGCCCCGGAUCCAGCCCAGGCAGCAGCGUCCUUCACCCCCGGCGCCGCCUCGAGCGUGCCAUCCGCCCCAUCUCCCGCCAUCACCAUCGCCUCCACCACUGUCAGCGCCGUCAGCCCAGUCAGCACAGCCGGCACAGCCGCAUCUCCUGGCAACGCGCAUGCUGCUCCCACCGCCGCUCACCCUCACAACAUCCUCACCCUCACCGAGAUCCGCUCCGCCACCUGGUCUCGCAUCUAUGCCCAGGGCCUGGCUACCGGCAAUGCGGCCCUGACGACGACGACGCCGCCGAGUUGGCAGCAGUUUGACUCGUCCAUGCUGCGCCCCUACCGCUACAUCGCCGUGCACUACCGCUACAACAGCGCAGCAGGCUGGAUCGCCACCUUUGCCCCCUUUCCCGCCCUCUCGCUCGGACUCGGGCUCGAUCGGCCGCUCAACUCGCGAGCCUCGCCCGUGCUGCCGCCGAGCCCAUCAUCUGCGCUGGCCGAAGACAUUGCCGGUGGCGUGCUCGAGUUCCUCGUCUUUGUCGCCGAGGACGAGCGGGGCAAGGGCAUCGCCACCCAGCUCGUACAGGCGCUCCUCGAUGCCCUCAAGCUCGAUGCGCGCUGGUCGACGCUGCAGGCCACCGUCUUCCCCGAGAACGAGGCAGCCAUCCGCCUCCUCUUGCGCCACGACUUUGUACAGGUCGGAAUGCGCCGCAGGGUCGGCAGGAUGGUCGACGGGCCGGAAAGGGGCAGGUGGCGCGACAUCCUCAUCUUUGAGAUGCGGCUGUCCAGCCCGCCGCCAGCGAGCUUCAGGAAGGGCGGCUCGACGUUGGGCGAAGAAGAUGCUAGGCAUGGACUUGGCCCGCCCCAGGCGGCCUCUCCGCGGACGCACGAUGUGCCGGACACGGUGGAGCCAUCUGCUCUGAUGAAAAGGCCACGCCUGUCCUGA